GCGCGCACCUUAGCGCAAACCAGGCAUAUUCUUUCUCGCAAUGAAUCGGGUCUUUGGACCAUAGGGCAAACCGGCAAAUCCCAAUCGUUGUGUACAUAUAUGUAUAUAGCAUCCCAUACAUACAGAUACAUAUAUAUAUAUACACCGUCAUCGGAAUCCGUUCGCGUUCUCACUUCCGGCCGCCCGGCCAGUUCGAUUUCGACAUCGAUCACCUCUCGGUGAGGUAUCGAAACCCUUUAGAUAUGUACAUGCGCCUGUUUGGUAAGGACUGUAUUGGAAGGAGAUGAGGCUGGGAUAUAGUCAUGUACCUAAAAUAGGUACAAUGGUAGAGCGGAAAGUUCCUUCUUUGGUUGAUCUGUGUAUUCAGACUGCUGUAGAUAAUGUUAGGUAUAUUGGGAAUGUUGGGGAAACAGAUACACAUCUUCUCCAGUGCUUUUUACCCCACUGCACAGUUGAACAGCUGAUGCACAUCGAGGAUUCAACGGAGGGAAGGGAUCUUAGUCCGGUAACUGAUGAAUUGUGGAAGAAUUUCUAUGAGUCAGAGUUUGGUUCUAAGAGCACCAAUCUUGUCAUUGAGAGGAUGAAACAAAGGAAAGUCUCAUUUAAGUGGAGAAAAUUGUAUGAGGCAAAGUUGAAGGAUUUAGAGAAGGCUCAACAAAGAUCAUUUGAUAGAAUUAAGGAACUAUACAAAAAAGAAAAUGCUCGUAAACAAAGUCGGCAGGUUCGCAUUUGCACAAAAGUCCCUCCUUCAAGCAGUAAAAGAAGCUUUUAUGGAGGACCUGGCGGCAGUAUUGCCAACACAAAGAGCAACAUUAUGAAGAAGGCAAAAUUAGAGUUCCUUAACAGUACUGAGAUGAAAAAUUUAGCAGCUAUGAAGAAAAAUACCUUGCAGAAGAGUCAUAGCAUCUCUUCCAUAAGGAAGCCAGGUGGUGUUACUGGGACAGCUUCUUCAACUUCCAACCAUGUGAAGCGGCCAUAGAAGAGAAUUUUAGAGGGCCUUGCAGGUACUAGCCAGAGAAACAAUGUAGACGCCCUGCCUGCGUGUGCCAAAUAAUCCUAAAGCUUCAGCUGGAAUACAAUGGCACUUCUGGGUCAGUUUGCUUGCCGAAGUCAGUGAAAGCUCCCUCCCAUAUUUUUUCUCUCUUUUCUUUUAACAUUACAUGAAGGAUUGGGUUUUAUUUGGUUCUCCUGUAUCAAAAUGACAUCUGAAUCAGCAACAGAUCCCCGGCUUCGGCGUCGAUGAUGAUAGCUAUAUAGCUAAUCUAAAACUUUUUAAUC